AUGACCUCUCGCCGACCACAUUCGAGCCAAGCGAAGGGCAAGGAACCGGCGACGCCGACGGCGCACGAGCCUGAGCAUGGACCCUCCUCCCACUCCCACUCACAUACACACUCGCAUGAGCACUCCGCAUCAUUCUUCGGCGGGAUGUCCCACACGCAUGGGCCAGGCGAGGAUGGGCAUGGGCACGACGCGGAGCAGAUCGUAGAGGCCCUCCAGAAAGGCGCAGGUACGUGCGCCGCCCGGAUCACCCUCAUAGGGCUCUUCGCGAACGUCGGGCUCACGGCGUCGAAGGGCCUCGCAGGGUGGUACAUGAACUCGGCCUCGCUCCUCGCCGAUGCGGGCCAUUCACUCAGCGACCUCCUGGGCGACUUCGUCACGCUCGCGACGUGGAAGGUCUCGCGCAAGCCGCCCUCGGAGCGGUACCCGUACGGCUUUGGCAAGUUCGAGGUGCUCGGCUCCGUGACCGUCUCGCUGCUGCUCACAGGCGGCGCACUCGGGAUCGGCUACCACUCGCUCAUGCUCCUCCUCGAGGCGCUCUCGCACGCCGCGGGGCCCGUCCACGACGUCGCCUCGACCGUCGCGCAGACGCUGCCCGCCGCGGGCGCACAUGGGCACGGACACGGGCACGCGCUGGACCCAAACGCGGCGUGGUUCGCGCUCGCGAGCGUGCUGGGCAAGGAGUGGCUGUACCGCGCGACGAAGCGCGUCGCGGACGACGAGCGCAGCCCGGUACUGCAUGCGAACGCGCUGCACCACCGGAGCGACGUGUACGGGAGCGGGGUCGCGCUGCUCGCGAUCCUGGGGACGUGGUGGUUCCCGCACUUGCCGCUGGACCCGAUAGGAGGCAUCCUGGUGUCUAUCCUGAUUGUGAGGCAGAGCUGGGGGAUCUUGGCUGGCGGGUUCCACCAAUUAACAGACGGGGGUGUGUCGGCGGGGACGCGCCAGUCCCUCGUCGAGUCCCUCACACCCAUCCUACCCUCCACGGCAUCAUCGCUCACGCCCUCCGCCACGCAAAUACAGACGCACACCGAGAACCUGCUCGGGAUCCGCGACGUGCGUGCGAUGCGCGCCGGCGGGUUGAUGUUUGUCGACCUCGUCGCGGAGGUGCCGCGCACGCUGAGCGUGGAGGAGACAAGUCGGCUGGAAGCGCAGAUCAUGCGCUCGCUGAAGGGGGCGAGGAGGGAGGUGGCGGAGGUGAGGGUGCGCUUCCACCCGGUGGAUCAGGAGGAGAUUGUGAGCCGGCAUGGGCACGCGCACGACCACAACCACGACCACGAACAUUGA